AUGCAUAUGGUUCAAACUUUCGAUGCUUCCAAUUUCCACCACCGGAGUUGGAUAUGGUUUCCCGUUGAAUUGAUUGCUUGUGCGAGUGGAGGUCGUCGGCGAUUUAUUGUGCGUGAGGGUCGAGAGGAAUUUCGUAGGCUUCGAUUUUUCCGUCGAUUAAAUGCUUCUCUUGAAAUGUGUGGAAUUUUAUUUAGCCUGGAACGUCGCAGUGACACAAAAAUUACUUUAUCGGAUAAUAAUUAUUUUCACGAUGAAUUGUGGAAUCGAUUGAUUAUUCAAAAUAAAAACCGAGGUCCUGAUAGUCAAGAGUUAUUUCCUUUAUCAUUUAAAUCAUCUAUAUUUCCUAAUAAUGGAAUUUUUAUGGAAUUUUAUGGGGCGGUAUUGCAUUUACGUGGUGAACGUGUCAUAAAGCAACCUUUCAUAAGUGAUGAUCAAGAUAUUUUGUUAUUGAAUGGAGAAAUAUUUGAUGGUUUGAAUGUACCUACAGGUGAAAAUGAUACCAUACAAUUAAUCAAAGCACUAAAAGAGAAUGAAAAGCAAGAUUGUGUUACUGACAAGGAUGAUUACUGUGUCCUCAGUAUACUUCAAAAGAUUGAGGGUCCUUAUUCAAUUGUUUAUUGGCAGAACUCAAAGCGAAAGUUAUGGUUCGGGCGUGAUUGUUUAGGAAGGAGAUCUUUAUUAUGGAAUAUUCCAUUUGCUGAUGAGAAUUUUUUAUUAACUUCGGUUGGAUGUAAAAUACCUAAUGAAUUUUUGAAUACCAUAACGACAGAAUCUUAUCUCCAAGAGGUUCCAGCUGAUGGAAUUUAUUGCUUAAAUGUGGGAGAAAUGUUAUCUUCAAAUGAUAUGUCAGGUGAAGAAUUAUUCCGAGUUGGGAAGGAAAGUUUGUCUUCUAAAAAUCCAAUUAAUGUUAUACGUGUGUUUAUUUUUAAUUUCAUGUUUAGAGCCAUUAGAAAAAUUUCUAAAACACUACAAAAAUUACCAUUCGAUAAAUUAAAUAAUGCAAUUCCUAAUCAAAAUGAACUUUCAGUAUUACCAGAAUUAUUGGCAGAUAUUCCAUUAGAUUCUAUCAUUCCCCCAAUUUCUUCGGAAAUGAAAUUAGUUAUAGAUCAGAUGAUUGAUGAAUUAAGUGAUUCAGUACGUCGUCGCGUCGUAGAUAUUCCAAGAAUUGGAUCAAAACGUGAUGCUCGUGUCGCCAUAAUGUUUUCUGGUGGAUUAGAUUGUAUUUGUCUUGCAGCAUUAGCAGAUAAAUUUAUUUCACCAGAAGAAUCAAUAGACUUGAUUAAUGUUGCAUUUGAAAAUCCUAGAAUUCAACAAGCCAAAUCUGGAAAAAAGAAAAAAAAUGUUCAAGAUGUUCAAAGUAUUCAAGGGAAUACAAAUUCAAUAUAUGAUGUACCUGAUAGGAUUACAGGAAGGCAAGGUGUUAUUGAAUUGAGAAAAAUUUCACCAAAUAGGACAUGGAACUUUAUAGAAGUAAAUGUUUCAUAUAAUGAAGCAUGUGAAUAUAAAAAUGAAAUAUUGAAAUUGAUGGCUCCUUCUGAUACAAUAAUGGAUUUGAGUAUUGCAAUGGCAUUUUGGUUUGCUGUAAGAGGCAAAGGUCAAAUUAAAUGCUUAGUAGAUGGAUCAGAGAAAAUGGUAGAUCAUGAAAGUAAAGCAAGAGUAGUACUUGUUGGAGUAGGUGCAGAUGAGUUAUUAGCAGGAUAUUCGAGACAUCGUGAAGCAUUCAAACAAGGUGGUUGGGAAAAAUUAAUUGAAGAGGUACAAUUGGAUGUGAACAGGAUAUCAAAAAGAAAUUUGGAUGAUAGAAUAAUUUCAUCACAUGCAAAAGAAUCCAGAUUUCCAUAUUUAUCUACAAAAGUUGUUUCAUUUUUGUGUUCAUUACCAAUACAUUUUAAAGCUGAUAUGAGAUAUCCAAGAGGUAUUGGAGAAAAAUUAUUAUUAAGACAUGUAGCAAGAAAAUUAGGAUUAUUAAAGGCUAGUGUGUUGUAUAAAAGAGCUAUACAGUUUGGAGCUAGAACUGCUAAAAUGACUAUUGAACAAAAGGGAGAAAGAGGAAACAUGAAAGUUAUCGAUGAGUAG